AUGGCUGCACCUCCAAGCAAAAACUCUUCUUCUUUCUUUCCAAUACCUAGCAGGCCAUCUAAUCCAAGAAACUCAGAGGUUGACAACCCCAUUAGGAGGAGUUUUAGCGGAAGCCCAUUUACGAAACCUUCUAUUAUUACGAGUCAAAGGCCCGGCUUUAACCCCAAUACUCCCGCUAAUAGUCCGUUAGAUCAUCCUCGAAGAAGCUCCAUUGGCAGAGAAAAUAUAGUAGUGUCCUUGCAUGAUUCCGAGGACAAAGAAAACAGUAAAGAUCAAAAUUUGAAGCAGGCCAGAGUUCGAUCGCCAGCUUCUUCAAAGGGUACGAAGAACUUCAUGUCUCCAACAAUCUCUGCAACCUCAAAAAUAAAUGCAUCCCCAAGAAAGAAAAUCCUGACUGAGAGGAAUGAGCCAACUUGUACUUCUGUUUCAUUCUCUGAUUGUAAAAACCCUGUGAAGGAAGAUUUGGAUUUGAAGCCUGAAAAAGGUUUGAAUCAGAAGAAAGAGGUCUCAUUUGAUCCAACAAUCACUUAUUUGGAGGAUAAGGACACCUCAAAAAGUAAUGAAGAUUUUGAUUCUAUGGUACAUUCAAGUACUAAAGAUGAUUGGGAGUUACCAGAAAGUAUAACUGUGGAAAAGGGUUGGAGGUCUCACUUCAGUCAGAAGGAGGAGGUCUCACUUGAUCCAACAAUUACUCGUUUGGAGGACAAAGAUAACUUGACACAUAGUGAAGAUUUUGAUUCUAUGGUACCUUUUUCAAUUACUAAAGAUGAAUGGGAUUCGUUAUCAGAAAGUGCAGCUGUUGAAAAUGAUUGUGUUAAUCUUGAUCCAAGUUUUAAGAUUAGUCCAAGGGCCUGUCCUUUGGCACCUCUUGAUGCGGAUCCAUCAUUGCCUCCUUACGAUCCCAAGACUAAUUACCUCUCGCCAAGGCCUCAAUUUCUUCAUUAUAAGCCUAACCCACGAAUCCAGCUGUAUCUAAACAAGGAAAGAGAUGGCAAGCAGCUUGAGGAGAGUUCUGCAUCUGAAACUUCAGAUGCUGAAAUUACAGAAGAAGAAACCCUGUCUGAUUAUUCCCAGAAAGAAUCUGAAGAUGCUUCGUCAGGUGAUGUGGUGAACAAAGAAGAAGAAGAAGAAGAAGAGCUGCUUGUGUCUGGACCAAAUCCCAUGAGUGUAUCUGAGGAGGUUGCUGAAGCAAAAAGGGUGUCUAAGCGACAUUUCUUUACAAAAACAAAGUUCAAUGCUUUGCUUUUGAUCCUGGCUAUUGCUUGUUUGUGGGCCUCAGUCACUAAUUCACCAGUUAUGGACCCUUCUAUACUUAAUAAUUUAAGCUUCCCUAAUCCGUAUGUGCCACCUGAAAUCUCAGAAUUCAUCAGAGACAAUUUGGAAGGUCUAGCUCAGAAGUUUCGGCAAUGGAUAUAUGAUUCUUUCUCUUAUAUUAAUAAUCUGAUCUUCAGCUUCAGAGAAUGGCUCAAACCUGGUCCAUUACAGUUUGCCAACUUGACCACUUUGCUAGAGGAUAGCUUGGUUGAUAAUAAUUGCCUUUUGGGGGAUGAUAGUCCCUUUGGUGCAGCAGUCAAGUACGAAAGGAAUGAGUUAAGGCUGCCAAGGGAGGGAGAGGUUAAUAUUAAAUCAUUGGAAGAAGAGGAGGUUCAACCAAUUGAAGCUGAUGAGAACAUUGAAGAACUAGAAGGAGAUGAGAAGGAAACUGAUGAGAACGUUGGAGAACUAGAAGGAGAUGAGAAGGAAACUGAUGAAAAUAUUGAAGAAUCUGUAGAAGAAGAAAAGAAUGACCAAGAAUAUGAGGAUGAAGUGAUUGCAGCACAUGACAACCUUGAUGUUUCAGUGGACGGUAGUGUUCUGGAAUCUGAAGAAGUAAAUAUGACUCUGCAGACUGAAGUGACCAAACCCAGUAAUACAACUACAGAGGUGACCCAAAAAAGUGUGGAAACUUCUGGUAGCAUUGGUGAGCUGCAAAGUAAAAGAGAUGUUGUAAACCUGCCAGUUCCAAUCUCACAGGCUGCUGAAAUUCAGACAGAAGACUCUUAUUCUGUACAACCUCCAGCUGAAAAUGAUAAGAGUUCAGCUGAAACGGAGUUCUCCAUAGCAGGGAACAAACCUAAAAGCUUAGAUUCAUAUUCUGCAAUGAAGUAUCCAAAGCGUUCAGAAUCAGUGGACUUGCAGCUAGUCAAGGGUAUUUCCUUGCUUGUUUUGGGUCUACUUGCAGCUUUUGCUUUCACUCAUGUGAAGAAUAAAACAUCCACCAGACCAAAUGUCGCAAUUACAAUAGAUGAUCAAGCGCCACUGACCAAGAAACUGGAUUACAGUCCCCUGUCAGUGACCGCGGCACACACAUUCCAGGAGAGGACAACAGAGGUUGAAACAGUUGGAGAGUCAUGUCCAUCAGAAAUGAGUAGUUUCGAGUACAUCUCAUCUUAUAGCAAGGAAGGAAAGAAAGGGACAAGAGAAGCUCAUAGCCAUGAAAGGAAGCCUCGAAAGAACUCCAAGAGAGAAUCUCUAGCUUCAUCCGACUACUCUACAGGGUCACUGUCUUAUGGAAGUUUUACCACAUAUGAGAAAAUUCUCAGCAAGAAUGGAAAUGGAGAAGAAGAGUUUUUUACUCCAGUUAGGCGCUCUAGCAGAAUCAGAACCCAUGUCACUUCUCCAUGACACAAAUGCAGAAGAAGUUCAAGUGACGCUACGUCCUCCCUGUUGUGCAGUGCUUGUUUUUUAUUUUGACUGUUUAUAGUUAUGUAGUUCUGGUUGCUAGUUUAAUCCAAUUUGAACUUAUUUUAUAGGCAUAUAACUAUUGUGCCUUUUCUCUGUACCUUGCAUUCUUUUGCAUUGUUUUAUAGUGUGAAGUUCCAGUAAUUCUGAUUGCAUUCUUUUA